GUAAGGAAAAACGCUGCGUUUUGACUCUAGAGAUUUUGUCGUCGCUUUUUUUUAUAGGCAUUUUCUCUCCGGCCGGACGGACCUUCACCCAGCCUCCUCUUCUUCCUGGCCAGUAUAUGUGUUCCGGCCAAUUCUAUCUCAUGGCGUCAAGCUCCGACGAGGAAUUCGUUACUCUUUUAUGUACAAGCCCUAAUCCAGUAGAAUACAGAGAAAUUUUCAUUUCAACUACGGAUAUCCAUGGCUGGGAUUUGUCCACGAUCCUCUGUUGCCAAACAGUCAAAAUUCAAGCUCAUCGACGCAGGCUUGUUGAGCAAUCUUCUUAUUUUCAUGGCCUUCUUAGUGGAAGCUUUAGUGAAUCAAACUUGAGUUCCGUUUCAAUCCAGUGGGACAUCGAAAUUUUAAUAAACGUCUUGAAAUGUGUUUAUGGUUGCCCAGUGGAUGUCACGUCCAAAAGUUUCCUCUCUCUAUUUGAGGCAGCACUUUAUUUUGGAGUAGAAUCACUUUUAUUCAAGUGUAAAACUUGGUUUUCUGACGUAACUUCAUCCAAGGCAGUGGGACUGCUCGAGAUACAAUUGGAUGAUUUGAUUCAUAUUUGGAACUUUGGCUUAGAGCAUGCAAAUGAUUUUGUUCCAGAAUUGUGUACGAGCUAUCUAGCAAGAAAUUUUAUGUGGGCCGUGUCUAGUAAGUUCUUUGUAGACGUUCCUUAUAAUUUAUUGUUUCGUUGCGUAAAGCAUCCUUAUUUGACAAUAUACAGCGAGAUGCAUCUUUCUGAUGCACUUUUAGUAUGGCUCAAUGCUAACAGAAAACAGUUGGAACCUUUGAGCAAUGCCGGAGAUGAUUACAACGACAUCCUAAAACAGAUACGGAUCAGUCUUUUGCCAUUAUGGUAUGCUGCAGGAAAAAGAAGGUCCUGCUAUUUUUCAGAGCUUGCUGAGGAAAGCAUUGAGACAAUUUUUAGACUGUUGAAGAUUCCUCCUUUGGAUUCAAUUGGCAUCUUUGCAGAUAGUGACUUGGACCAUCUCAGGGUUCGGUUGACAGAAUGUUCUAAGUCAGUAAACCUUUCAGGUUGUCCACAAAUAACAUCGGUUAUUCUUCUCCUCUCUUUGCUUCCAUCUUCAUACUGUGUGGAUCUUGUGUUGAGGAAAAGCAUUAAACAGUCUUUGAUCAAUCUUGGGCAUCUGAGCAGAGAUCAAAGUGUUGGUGGAAUCUUGCAUGGGUUGCCGAUAAUUCUCUCUUUUGAAGGAGUUGUGGAGGUGGAUAUUUCAAAGUGUCCAAGGCUAAAUCUUGAAUCUACUAUUGAACUUUUCUCCAAGUCAUUUCCAUCUUUAAGAAAACUAAAAGCAGCAUAUCUGUUGAACUUUAAGACAACCACUUUGCAAAAAUUGAUGUUGAAGUGUCCACUCAUUAGUGAAGUUGACAUAACAGUUGAUAUUACUCCGCUCAUACCUGCACAAGUGUCACUGGUGUCUACUAGUCCUGAUAUAAAGCCACAAGUAUCAAACAAAUCCUCCACUGUUGGAAAUAAUGUCUUGGACAUGACACCUUAUCAUUCAGGGACAUCUCUUUCAAAUAUCACAAGACUUGUAUUGGAGGGUCGAAGUGAUAUUUCUGAUUUGGAUCUCCAGAAUAUCACAAAGUUAUGUGUUUCUCUACAGUACCUAAAUCUUAAAGGAUGCACUUCAGUAACAGAUAUGGGCAUAUCAUAUCUCAUAUGCAGAUGCAUUAAACUACACUCGAUUUUAGUUUGUGAUACUUCUUUUGGGGUAAAUUCAAUUAAAGCUCUCUGCUCUACAAUUACAAAUUUUGGUCCUGCUGCUUACUUGGAAAAGAGAUGUUCAGAUACCUUGGCAUUUAAACUUCAAACACUUCAUAUGGGUGGCUGCAAGGGUGUUGAUGAAAGAUCUCUGCUUGAUCUUAUUUCUCAAACCGAAACAUUGAUUAGCCUUUGCUUGAGGGGCACUCUCCUUGUUGAUGAUGCUCUAUAUAGUUUCUCAGGUUCUUCCUUGGAGACACUUGAUGUUUCUAAUACAAUGAUUUCUGGAGCUGCCUUAGCUCACAUUGUCCAUAGAAAUCCAACUUUGAAGUGUUUGAAUGCAAGGGGCUGUAAAAAUCUGAUUCAACAAGAAAGUAACACCCAUGGGGUAGAACUUUCAUCCUCACAUUUAUGUGCAGAACUCUAUACUGAAUUAGGCAAGAAAUGCAUAUUGGAAGAGAUUGCACUGGCUUGGGGAUUUUCUUGGUUGUCUUUAGAAGCUAUGAGACCUGCAAUUAUGUCAUUGAAGGCAAUAAGUGUUGGUCUGGGUGGGUCAUUGGAUGAAGGUGCAGUUAGAUUACUUCCUACAACUUGUCCCCUGCUGGAGUCAAUAAUUUUUUAUUUUCAGGUAAUCUCUGAUACCACCAUCGUAAAAAUUACAGUCUCCUUGAGGCACCUGAAAGUGCUGGCCCUGUGCUACUGUCUUGGUGAUAUAUCUAUAUCAAGCUUCAAAAACUCUAUGGAAAACCUAAGGAAAUUGAGGCUGGAGAGGGUAACUCCAUGGAUGACUGAUAAUGAUUUGGUGGUUCUUACUCAAAACUGCACAAACUUGGUUGAAUUUUCAUUGGUAGGAUGCAGGCUUCUCAGUCCAGAUUCUCUGCGCAUCAUCUCACAUGGAUGGCCAGGCUUGACUUUCUUCCAGCUUGAGGACUGUGGAGACGUAACAGCAACUGGGGUUUCUUCUUUAUUCAACUGUAGAGCGCUCGAACAUAUCUUGCUGCGUCAUAAUGGCCAAGGUAUACAUCGCAGCUUCAUUCUUGAUGCUGCUUCAAAGAUGCCAAUGCUUCGACAAAUAUCUUUAGAUUUAUGUGAUGCAAGUGAAGGUGAUUUCGACAUUCCAAAUUUUGCUGAUAGAUACUUCCUGAGUAAUGUGAAGAUAGCGAGAUGUAAGUUUCAAAGAUCCUCGUCAAAUGUUUACUUCCAAGAGGCUCACAGAAGGCCAGUGCAUAAGGACACGUUAGUGCUGGUUUGGAGCUCACAAAAUCUCGAUAGAACAGUGGUCAAAGAGCGACUUUAGCCCUUAACAGCAGAAUGGAGGCUCAGCAUUCUUUUGGAUUUUCUUGGUUAGCUGAUGGCCGAAAUAAUAUUGUAAAUUCGCAUUUUCAUGGUCGUGAAGGCAAGAAUUGUUCAAAGCUGCAGGGCUUGUAAAUCAAUGCAAAGUUGUGCUUAUUUUCUGAAUAUUAAGAUUAGGCAUGGCGGGUUCAUUGAAGCACCUGAACCGGCUCUUAAACUGCUGGUUGCGGUCUGGUUUCGAUUCUAAUCGGUUCCGGGGCGGUCCCGUGAACAGCCCCUUUGCCGAAUAGACCUUUCUUUAUGAGCUUUGAGGCUUCGAUCAUCUAAUUUUGUCUUAUCAUGGCGUGCCCGGUUGCUAUAAUCCCCGCAAGGGGAAUUGUGAAUUUCACUGUACAUAACCGUAUGCAUGGAAAAAUUCGCUUUACAUUUUAGUAGCUAAUUAUAUAAUUUAACUCUUGAAGUUUCACAACAAUAUUUUAUGGCUCUCUGCAACUUUGAAAAUAACCUUGUAGUUUCUUGAAUUUCUUUUUUUGAUCUUGUAGUUCUUAAAUUUCACUUUUCUAUACUUGUAACUUUCUAAAACUGAUUCAUUUUCAAUAUGAGGUGUAGAAUUGUUAUAAAAAAAAAAAGAAAUUUAAGGGCGUUAUAAGAUCAAAAUGUGAAGUUGAGAAGGCUACAAGGUCAUUUAAGUUUAAAUGGCCACAAUUUUUUUUUUUUUUUUUU